AAGUAUUUACCGGUUCCCUGGGGAAAUAUGUUGGUCUAGCAGAAACAAUUAGAGGAUUUAAAUUGAUCCUUUCCGGAGAAUUAGACGGUCUUCCUGAACAGGCCUUUUAUUUGGUAGGUAACAUCGACGAAGCUACUGCGAAGGCUACGAACUUAGAAAUGGAGAGCAAAUUGAAGAAAUGACCUUAAAUCUUUGCGUACUUACCCCUAAUCGAAUUGUUUGGGAUUCAGAAGUGAAAGAAAUCAUUUUAUCUACUAAUAGCGGACAAAUUGGCGUAUUACCAAAUCACGCGCCUAUUGCCACAGCUGUAGAUAUAGGUAUUUUGAGAAUACGCCUUAACGACCAAUGGUUAACGAUGGCUCUGAUGGGUGGUUUUGCUAGAAUAGGCAACAAUGAAAUCACUAUUUUAGUAAAUGAUGCGGAGAAGGGUAGUGACAUUGAUCCACAAGAAGCUCAGCAAGCUCUUGAAAUAGCGGAAGCUAACUUGAGGAAAGCUGAAGGCAAGAGGCAAACAAUUGAGGCAAAUCUAGCUCUCAGACGGGCUAGGACACGAGUCGAGGCUAUCAACGCGAUUUCGUAACGAGUUGGUUAAUCGAAAGAAUUUCCGUAGAAACAGAAC